AUGCCGUCCAAUAAAACAGAUCAGAAGCGCAAGCGCUCAGCAGACAAUGACCGUCCAAGCAAAAAGCCUGCGCUGCACCAGCUGCCCCCGCUGGCCGCCAGCGUGAUUGAAGAUAAGAGCGAGCUGGCACCGGUAAUUGCCGACACACCCGGUCUUCAGAGCUCGAAGUCCCUCCACUGGGACCCAUAUAUCAAAAGCCGCCCUAAUGUCUUCAAGUCUGCGGCAUUGACUCGGAACCCGGGCAUUGUCUCUUCGGAGAUGCUCCUCCAGUCCUCGGAACACGCCAAGCUGGACUUUGUCGGCCGUGAAGGUACAGGAGACGAUACCGACUCACAAGUGAAGCACUACGUCGCAGUCAUCGACCCAGAGCGCAAGACAUGGAAGGUCGUGGAGGUUCGACGAUCGACACUACGAGGAGCAGUGAGAAGCCGCAAGUCCGAGGAAGACUCAGAUGAAGAGAUGAACACCAUGCGCGCCCAACGCACAGCCCUCACCAACACCUUCGGAACCAAACAAUCCCGCAAGGCCGUGCAAUCCAUGGCCGAGAACGCCCAGCUCUCCAACGCCCCCGCCGGCGCCGUCCCCACAGCCGGCGCAGCCCUCAUCUCCUCGAUGCCCACCGACACAGCCUCCGGCCUCGCCAAGGCCCUCGCCAUGCAAGCCGAAGUGCAAGCCGCCAAGCCCCUCCCAACGCCCAACCUCGCCGUCUCGCACCCCUCCGACGUCUACACAAUCGAGACCCUCGUGCCCGGCAGCCACACAACUCUCAGCCAACUCAACGGCGUGGACGAGUGGAAAUCCCAAGUGGAAGCCGGUCUGGGCGUGACAACCGUCUCACGCUACGUCUCGAACCGCGUCGGCGCAGUAGUCAACUCAGACAACACAACCCACCUCCAAGUACUCCGCUUCAUUCAGCUUCUCAUCGAGUUCGGCCGCUGUCUCAAAAAUGCAGGCGCAAACGCCAAGGGCGGUGGCCCCGGCAGCAAACGUCUCCCACCCCGCGAAGACCUCCGUCGCAUCCUCUCAAACACCACCGGCACCGCUGUGGUCAAGCCCAAGCCCGGCGCUGCGGUUGUCGAAUCCACAGACCUGCUUCCGGAGUCUGUUAUCGAUGCUGUUCGUCGUCGUUUCGCGCCUAGCGGCGGCUUCGUCUCGAAGAAUGACUUCACCCUCCUGCAGACUACCAUCUGUGCGCUUUCGCUGCAUAUCCCGCCCCAGCCCGCGCGUGAUGGUGGAUCUAGCUCGCUUGGUGGUAAUGCGCCCAAUGAGCUUGCGACGGAUCCUUCUGAUCUGCGUGAUGAUUUGCGUCUUGACCCGAAUACUAUUCACCAGUACUUCCGUGAGCUUGGCUGUCGGAUUGAUAAGCCUCGUGAGACUGAGUUCGCGAAGUGGAAUAUUAAGGGUGGACGUGCGGAGGCGGCAGCGCGCCGUGUUGCUCGCUUGCGACUUCCCGUUGAGUUCCCUAAAGUUAGUCGUGGUGGUCGGAAGUAG